GGGAAAACGUGCCCAAUUUGGAAAGUAAGAAAGACAAAAGGUUCACGCUUUCCCUGUCAUCAUCGCCGUCCGUCUGUUUAUGUUGAUGGUGAGAGAGUCGUCGUAGCGAUUUCAAAGCGGCGAAGAAGAAGCAGGGAAUAUCCAUAAGGACAAACCCCAUCUUCAAUAUUUUUUCUCCUUUUCCUCUUCAUCCUUACCCGAUUGGGAAACUUCUUGCUUUUUACUCAUCAUCACGCAAUCUGAUUUACCGAUCUAAACCCUGUAAUCGAUUGAAUUUUACAGUUCGAAUUUUCGGGGGUCAAUUUGAUGGCCGCUUACGCGAAUUAUCUACGGUUAGCACGACUUGGAACCGGUUCAGGUGUAAAUUUCUCGAAUUUCAGAUCAAUCGGUUCUCCAAACCCGACAUUUGACCGGACUCUCUUCGAUCAUCACGAGAUCCGUUCAUCAUCUUCUCUGUUCAGACAACCCAACUCCAGAUUCAUAUCUCAACUUGUCAAAACCAAUGGCAAACGUCUGUAUCUCGUCGAUACACUCGCUUUGGUUAGGAGCUUAGAAGCACAAGGCCUGCCCUCAAAGCAAGCAGAGGCAAUAACAGGUGCUAUAACUGAAGUUCUGAAUGAUAGCUUAGGAGUUGUUUCUCAGUUGGUUGUUUCCAAGGGUGAGAUGCAGAAAGCUGAAAUGACACAGGAAUCAAACUUAUCCAAGUUCAAAAGUGAAAUUAACAGUUCCCUGGAUCACCAUUUCUCUUUGCUGCAACACGAGAAUGAGAAACUCCGCAAUGACAUAGAACGAAUCCGCACUGAUAUAAGGCACGAGAUCGACAAAGUCACAGCAGGACAGCGGUUGGACCUGAAUCUUGAAAAAGGGAGGAUAAGAGAUGAGCUAACGAAUCAAAACGCUGAAACCUCUAACCUUACAAACAAACUUGACCGUGAGAUUCACACUUUGAGAGCUCAGUUGGAAGCGGCCAAAUACGAGGUGAUCAAAUAUUGUAUCGGUACACUUGUCUCCAUCUCAGCCGUUGGUCUCGCUGUCCUCCGCAUAGUCAUGUGACUACCAUCAUUGACCAACACCAUCAUCUUUGCUGUUUUUUUUCUUUUCUGGAAUGAUAUCUUAGUCUGCUCUCUUCAUCCUGUGAAUUAUUCGUAUGUUCAAAUGUAAGUUGUUGAUUUAGUAUAUAUGACGAAAAAAGAAAAAAGAAUAACUAAUUCAUGAGAUUUGCGAUCAACAUAUAUGAAUGAUGUUUCUUCUACCUGUAUGAAUAGUUU